GCUGCCCGCUGCUUUCUAUCGGCGGCGGGGCCGAGCGGGCCGAGUGCUGCCGGCGGAGCGGAGCCGGGAACGGGACUUGGGCGGCUGCCUGGACGCUGCCCCGAGGGUCAUGGACGGGCGGGCGGUGCUGAUCCACGCGCUGCUGGCAGCAGUGUGCUCCGCGGCGGCGGGGGGGCUCGGCCGUGAGGAGCUGCACAACGAGGUGCUGCACAAGGGCGGCGGUGGCGGCGGGGCGCUGGCCCCGGCCCCGGCCCCGCUGCUGGGCGGCAGCGCGGAGAAGGAGGGCGGCGGAGCGGCCUCGGGGGACGAGCUCAGCGAGGUGCCCAGAGUUGCCUUCUUGUCAAAGCCUCAAGGCCUGGUUACUCCCAAGAAAAAGGGGAAUGGGAAUAAAAGAAGAAAAGGAAAAGGCCUGGGGAAGAAGAGAGACCCGUGUCUGCGAAAGUACAAGGAUUUCUGCAUUCAUGGUGAAUGCAAAUACAUCAGAGAGCUGGGUGCUCCAUCCUGCAUAUGCCAGCCAGGAUAUCACGGAGAGAGAUGCCAUGGCCUUUCGCUGCCUGUGGAGCACCCCCCUAGCACGUAUGACCACACCACAGCACUGGCUGUUGUUGCUGUGGUCCUGUCUUCGCUGUGUCUUGUCAUCAUUGCAGCCCUACUGAUGCUCAGGUGUCAUAAGAGGGGUGUCUACGAUGUAGAAAAUGAAGAGAAAAUAAAGCUGGGCAUCACUGUGAAUCACUGAGGAUGCCAGGUGCUGGCAAGGGGUCGGCACUAACGCAGUUCUACCUCCUGGAAGAUGUGAGCCACGGAGCCAGUGCUGUCCCUGGGACCCUGCAGUGCAUCAGGAGCUUGCUGGAGCAGCAUGACAGUGCUCGCUUUGGUUUCCGUUGGGCAGCAGUGCUGCUGCAGGGAGCUUCAGCAAUCUCUGGGAUGGAGAAGACUGGGGAGAGAGAAUCUCCACGAGGCAAGAUCCCUUGCCAUGCUGCAGAGCUGCCCAUGCAGAAGGGCAGGAGGGACUGGCCAGCAAUCAGCAGAGGGGCUGUCCAGAGCUUGGGGGAUGCCCACUGUGGUGCACGCGGAGGAACAAACUGUGAAAGGCGGAGAAACGUGGCUCGGGGCUUUCUUAGGCACAGGAGGGGUGGGAGGGUAACAGCUAUUUAACACGAUAUUUUUCCUUUUAAAUUAUAUAUUUAUUUUAGAUAAAUUGUACAUAGUAUUUAUAUUUAUUGGAGGUCUGCCCCUGUGUCCUUUCUUAAGUCAAGAUGACAGGGUCAGACCUCCCUUAUUUUUUAAGUGCAAUGUAAUAUUCUAAUAAAUAACUUUGUAACAAA